AUGCAUCCACAACUAGACAAGAAUAGAUUCGACACCUGUGAAAAACUAAUGGAUGCACUUGAAGAAUGUCAUCGUCAAGAAUUUGUUAAACAACUUUUGGGAAGUUGUAAUUUUGAAAAAGAUCAAUUAUCAAAUUGUUUACAUUAUACAAGAGUACAUGACUCUCAUGAAAGAAUUAGACAAAGUAGAGAAAAGAAAAAGAAGUUUGAAGAGAAAUUAAAGAGGAAUGAAGAAGAAUUAUAUGGAAAAGAUGGAUAUUUAAAGAAAGUUAUUGAAUUGGAACAAAAAGCAAAGAAACUUUGA